AUGGAGCCCAAUGCUUACCAUAUAGGCUAUGUCUAUACUCCAACCUCUAGGCUGAAUCGCGAUUCCGCAGAACUUCACGAAUGGUUCGGCGACACAGUUCUCGAGUUUUCCGACAUCGAUAACACAUACGUCAAAAUUGCGUAUGUGCGAGACGAGCACGAUGCCAUGCAGAACCCCAAUUUGAUGACCAGAUAUCCCGUCUACGUGAAUGCAGAUCAAUAUCCGACUGUCUCACCAAUGUCUUUGGUUGUGCCUAACGGAUGGAAACAGGUGGCUGUCUACACAGACGUUGACCUUGUUGCUCGGAAGGUGCUCCAGGUUGAUCCAGUGAGAGGGCCUUUCUCAUCACGGCAAAGCUCUAUAUUUGGAGAAAGCGAGCAUUUUAUGUCCACCUUGAGUUCUCCCAGCGAAGUACAUUGGAUGGCUGACACAAAUUCCUUGAUGCUUGGCGCUGGAGCGCCCUCUGAAUCUGAUGAUCCAGCACCCAACGUCCGAUUCACCUUUCUCCAGACAGACCCUAUUGUUGUUCCAAUGAACAAUCCUUUGCCUACUAAUCAGGAACCACUCUACGUGACUUGCUGUCCGCAAAUCUUUGCACAGGGUAUCAAAUAUGACAAUGAAUUCCUGAAAACUCACUUUCCGUUGGCCUACGUCUCGAUCUCCGAUGCCAAAAUUAUGGCUAGAAAUCAUCUUAAUAUCCGCCCUCACGAUGUUGGCCCCUUCAGGACGUACUGUGCGCAAGCCAUCACCGAGAUGAUGACCGUCGCCGCUAGCACCGGUCAUGUGGCGGAAUCAGGGCUUCGUUGUAGCGUAACCGGCUUCACCAAACAACUGAACCUUCAAUGUUCGGAUGCCGUCAAUCUUGUAGCUGCUGAGCGAAAAUAUUUCAUGAGGUCUUUGAAGAGCUAUGCGAUCGCCUUCGUCGACAGCCCCCAAAAAGAGCCUUUGGGGGGCUAUAACAUUGAGGAAAUCGGCAUGACGAUACCUGAAUACAUCAAGAUGCUCACCAACUUGACAAACGCGAACGACGCUGUGACUUCAAUCCGGUUUACAUGUGACAAUCAAGGGAGGCCAUAUCGUCGGGUGGCUAUCCUUGUAUUACUUGCGCACCGUUUGUUGCGCCCCCUCGUGAACCGCGCUCAAUCCGAGUCGUUAUUGGAUCUGUUCCCAAAUGAUUAUGAUACCUUCCCGGAAUACCUGCUCGCAUCCAUUUGCGCAAUGUUGGCGAUGAUAAUCAGAACCCGCUUCCCUGGUCAAAUCCGAGACAGGUUUACUACGCAAGCAUUGCUCGAUGAGGAGGGUCAUCAACUGGUGCUCUUCAGGACAUUCCGCAACAGUGGAGAUCCACUGGCCAUCGAGUUAAAUGCCUGGCUCACAGACUCUGUUGGGCCCACUGGCUGGCGUCAUGAUGUGCGUCAAAUCGUACUUGCCGAAGACCCGCCAAGUACGACCCCUAACCUUGGGCUAGCCCAAGGACGUCCACAGACCGUUGACGACACAAGCUCUCCCUCGACACCUAUCGAGGACAGAAACAGAUACAAGACGACCACUCCCUGGACACGCAAGUUCUCUUGGGAGCGCGACCCGAAUCAGGAAGAUCCUGACGAAGAAGAGGUAGACGGACAGUUUAGCUCUCCCACCUCACCGACAGAGCAGUACCACUCAGACGAGGGACUGAACGACGAAGAAGAUCUAGGAAACACUCCGACUUCUGAAGAGGACUUUCCAGACGAAGUACCUCCCCGAAAACACUAG